GUAUCGGUUUGGGGGCAGCGCUGUACUCGCCGGCUCGGUUUCCCGGGCGCGUUUGGCCUUUUGUGCUGUUAUGGCUACCGGCCUGGAGGUAGCGGGCGACCGCAGCGGAGGGGCUACCGUCCUCGCGGGCUGCCUGUAGGAGGGGUGCAAGGGUCCUCACGGGUCGCCGCGGCCUUCGCUUUCCUCCGUUUCACGCCGUCGCAGUGUCUACCGAGAGGAUGAAUUCGGCUUUCGAGAAGCGUCACCUCUGGAUGUACCUGCAGGCGCUGGGCUUGGAUCCGAGCUGGGUCGCCGCCGUGGGCGGGAAGAUGUUGUCUCAAGCGCACCUCGGAGAGAACAUGUUUGACAAACUGAACCGUGACGCCUUUCAUAUAGUUUCUUAUUUUUUGUUUCGAACUCUGGAUGAGUCUCUUGCCAAAGACGUUUUCAGAGAUUGCUGGCCUCCAUUUGACCAAAAACAUGACAUGGAAUUCCGGAAACAUUGCUGUGAAUGGUUAAAAGAAAUUUCUGCUGAAUGUGGAAGAAGUUUUCCUCAGGUUGUUGGCUCACUGUUUCUUUCUCCUGGUGGUCCUAAGUUUAUUCAUCUGAUGUAUCAUUUUGCAAGAUAUGUUGCAAUCAAAUAUAUUAAAAUACAAUCUAAUGAUUCUCUACGUUUUGCAGAAACAUUUAAUGCAAAGCAACAGGAUAUGCACAAGUGCAUUGCCAGAUGCCACGUAGCACGUAACAGAUUUUUACAAAUUUUGCAAAGAGAACAUUAUGUUACCCAAAAAUACCAGGAAAAUGCACAUUUGUCUAUUAAGCAAGUACGAAAUUUGAGAUCAGAAUACAUGGCCCUACAAAAUCAAAUUAAAAGAAUGAACCCCUCUGAUGACCAGAGUAAUAUACAAGAGAAAAUUCAAAAGGUUCGGUCUUUGUGGACUUUAGUGAAUGAGACACUCCUGUUUUUGGAAAAGGAGAGAGAAGUUGUUAGUUCACUCUUCAGUGUUGAUAACCAGUGUGUUUUGGAUGGAACUAAUGUUACUGUUAAUAUACCAAGACUCUUACUUGACAGAAUCGAGGAGCAGAUGUGUCAGUUGCAGAUGGGAAAUGUUUAUGAGGCUGGAAAGUUGAACCUCUUAACCAUUAUUCAGUUGUUAAAUGAAGUCUUGAAAAUAAUGAAAUAUGAACAUUGUAAGGUUGACCAAGCAAGACUGAUAAUAGACCUUCACUACCUUGAAAAAGAAGCCAAAUUACAGAGGGAAAGAUUAUCAGAUAUGAAACAUACGAGGCAUAAAAUAAAAGAGAACGUCACUGCAAUAAGACAUUCUGUCCUUGAAAAGGAAAGAAAAUGGCAUCAGAAGUGGAAAGAAUUUCUUGGUCUGUCUCCUUUCAGUCUAAUUAAAGGCGGGUCUUCAGCUGUGGAUCUUUUGCCUCCCAUGUCUCCUCUUUCGUUUGAUCCUGUGUCAGAGGAAGUAUAUGAGAAGAGUGUACUUUUAAAGUAUCCUGCUUCACUUCCAGAUACACAUAAAGAACAUAACCAAGAAAAUGGUAAUGGAAGAGAAGCUGAUACCCUAGGAGGUGUGUGUGAUCUAGCCAACAGUCCUGUGCCUUCCCCCUUACAAUGUGCCUCAUCAUCAGAUACAAACAGUAUCACACUACUUGAAAAGGAUCCAAAUAUGAGAACCCCCAAAGACAAAAACAUAAUGACUUAUAAGAAAGUACCAGACUCUGAUGUGGAAAACCCUCCUUUAUCAGACAUUGCAAAGAAUACACAGAAGAAUGUAUUCAGAGGGUCUCUGCCCGUGAAAAAGAGCGAUCCAUUCCAGAAGGAACAAGAUCAUCUAGCAGAAGAGGUUGCCAGAGUAGUUCUGUCUGAUUCGCCACAGUUCUCUGAAGGAAAAGAAAUAAAAUUGGAGGAGCUGAUUGACACUCUAAUUUCUAAUCCUUUCUUAACUAGGAAACAAAUUCCACGAACUCCAGAAAACUUGAUAACUGAAAUUAGGAGCUCAUGGAGAAAAGCUGUUGAAACUGAAGAUGACAGAAGUUCAGAUGCGAUUCUAGUGUCUCCAGAGUCUUCGCUGGCAUUGAAGAAUCAGAGGGAACUAAGCAUGGCUAUUUUUUCUUCCGACUUUGAUCAGUCCUAUUUGCCUGAAGAAAAAGCUGUUUCAGAUCAGCUCAAAAGUGUACCUCAAAAACCUUUGGUGACAAAUCAGAUCAGUGAACCCCCAACUCAGGACGAGUCAGACUCGAUAAAUAAGAAAAUGCUUUGUGAGCAAGAGUUAGAGUGUGCAGCAACCAGACUUUCAGAAACCGGACAGAUGGCGGCGUUUUCCCUUGCUGUGGGCAGUGGGAUAGAUGUGAUGGAUAAAAGAGAAGAGGACUCUGUUCGACUGUUGGACCACUCAGAAGCUUCCUGCAGUGAACCUUCCACAUGUAAAACUCGGUUAUGGGACCCUUUGCAGAGGCUGAGUGGUUUUGGAAUAUUACAUGAAACUCUUCCAGAAGAAGCUGGCCACCUAAGUCUUAAUAGCUCUACUAAUUCAGAGAGCAAUUUUAGACUGGAUCCAAGUAGUUGUGUGUAUUCUGAUGAUUUUCCAGAUGAUGUUGAAAAAAGACAAGCUCCUCCAGAAGUCGAUUCCAGUUUUCAGGCUAUUCUCAGUAGUUAUGAGGCUUUGAAGAAAUCCCUUAACAAAAUAAGGAAAGAAUCUCACCUGUCUAGUCCCAAGACACUUGAACAACACAAAGUAGAAUUGAGCCCUGUAGCCAAAGACCUGCAAGCAGAUGACACCCAUAGUUUUUUGGGCACUCAGGAUUUGUUUACUGACUACACAAAGCCAUCUUCCCACAUGUCCCUUGAUGAAAGAACACAGUCUGUAUCACCAUUAACUAAAGUUUCUCUGGUGGAGCAAAAAUUGAGGACUACAUUACCAUGUAGUCUCAGGGAAUUUCUUCCUAACUUAAAAGAAGAAGAAAUCUCAAGAGCCUUGAAGCAAGAGAAUCUCUGAUUUGACAUGAUGAAGCAAUUUCCAGUUGAUUUAGCUGUGAUGCACUUAGACUGAAGCCUUGCCAUCCAGCUGCAGCUCAUUGAGACACUGGAAGUGUGACGCUCUUUCCAAGGUCAAAGGAGUUACGGAUGCACUUCGGCUUCUUGUAAUGUCUUUAGGCAUUUAGGUCUUUUGAAAUGUGAUGUAUUUAGAUAGUUUGUGAGAUUGUAAACAGGCUUAAUGAAUUCCAAGUAUACUGAUCCUGCAGCCUGAUGUUGAUGGAUAAAACACAUGUGAUAAGACAGGACAGAAUGAAUUGAGAAAAGGGGAAAGGUAGAAGAUGACCGGACAUUUAAAGAACACUGUCAAACUGUAUUAUUUUGUCUACAUAGAUUGAGAAUUUAAUCCUAGUUUAUAUUUAACAAAAAUAUAAAUGAAAAAUUAACAAAUCUGUUUACUCUUGUCUAUGGGUGAUAUGGGGUGUUUGGGGGAAAGCAACAAGUUUUAUGUUCCUGAUCAGAAUCUAUUAAAGUUCCCUAAUGCCUACCGAAUAUCCAAAAAUAAUUUGAGAGAAAUGAACAUGGAUUUAAGUAAUUGUGACAUUUGUACACUUUGCCUUAUUGUCACUGCUUCUGGCCCAGAAAAGGGUUUGUUUGUAACGUCCAGGGAAUGAAUACAUGUGCCUGAAAAAGCGUGAGCAGAGAGGCGCUGAAAGGUUGAUUUAUCGCCUUCAGUUCCUUGUACUGUCUCAGUUUGUAACUGUCUAAAUCCUGUCCACAAGUCCUCUAGGAAACGAGAGAGGAGAGAGGCCGGAGGAAAGAGUACUGGAAGCAGAUGGGCUGAGUGGCAGAGGGACCGUGUAAGAGCUCCUGGGUCUCACGAAUACAGCAAAGCAGGGACUGUAGGGAAGUCAUUCAGUCGCCUGCUUUACAGACAACCUAGUAUCUAAAUUGUGAGUAGCAUAUUAGGUAAGAGGAGCAUCUUGUCAGAGCCAAAGCCGAGUGUUUAAUGUGCAUGCUUAUUUAACUUCAUAGUUGAGAUAGCAGGGUACCUAGCCUGCUGGCACUGAAGCUAGGAGGUAAAAGGCUGGAGCGGAGUGCAGGACCCAGCUGUACCAGGGUCAUCUGAGAUAGGUCCUAGAAAUCUCAGAUAGGAUUCUCUGGUAAUUUAUGAGUUCUGAAUGAGACUCCUGAAUAGCGGGGGCUUCCUCCUGGACCCUAGCUUAGGCACUGACCAUACCCAAAACACCUGUUUUCAUUGAGAGAUCCUUUAUUAAGUGGGGAAGUUAAAGUGGCUGCUUUCUGAUUCAGGCAGAAAACAGCAGCAAAUGACCUUGCAGAGGCGAGUUUUAAAGAGGAGGAAAAGGGGAGAACUAUGUUAGAAUGGGCUAGGAUGCGGUGGUAAAGGAGGUAGGGUAUGAGGGAGAAGGAAGAGAACAAGGGGAAGCCGGGAGGAAGUGUUUGUCCCUCUGGAGACAUAAAGAGGUGAAAGACAUGGUGGAUAAGUAUGUGGUGGUUUAUAAAGUUAAGGUGGGGGGAACCUGUGUUAGGAUGAGAUAUUUUAGUUGGGCAUGUUAAUUAGGUGAACCAAAGGGGACUUCUGAUUGCUGGAUUUAAUACUUCCAUAGCUGGACCUUGGUAGUAGUCAGCCUCAGGAGGAGGAAGUAGCCAAAUAAGGAAAUAGAUCUUGGUGAUUAGCUUUAGGAAUGUAAACUUUUUAGCAAGGCAGAGGGAAUGGGAGAGAAGGGCAAGGCCUGCCACUGCCAAAUGUUGAGUGGGCUCAUGUCUUUUCAUGUUCAACAGUUUUCUGCUGAGAGGGUAUGAUUCAUAUUAGCCCUGAGGUACCUUUAAGAAACGGUAUGCUAUUAUAUGUGUAUUGCUCUAGGAGCCCUUCAUUAUGAGAGUCAAAAGAUCAAAUAUCUGGAUAUAUUUUACUUAGGAGUCACUGAAAUUUACCUAUGGUCUGCUGAGUGUUCCUGACAUGCUUAUUUCCAUUUUAGCACCAUGAACAAAAUCUUUAUUCUAGUUUUCCCAAACUGAUUAUAACUUAAUGCUUUUGGCAUCUUUCCAUCCUGUAUCUCCUGAAGUUCCCUUAGACGAUAAUAAGGAAUUUGAUCAUGUGCUUGCUUAGAAGCCCUUGAUGAUUUAUUGUAGUUCUAGAAUAGGGUUCUAAUUUAAAGACAGCUCUACUUAGAAUCUUCUUCUUUCUUCCCCUGGGAUCUUCUGGAGUACUUCCCUUGCUCUUCUAGCUCACCUCAGUUCUUUAUUUUGACUUGAAAAAUUUAAUAACCUUUAAUCAUACCAGUUAGUUAUUUUUUAAAUUCUGUUUCCAUGUGUGUGGAUGUUUGCCUGCAUGUCUGUCUGUAUACCACUUUAGUGUCUUGUCCCCAGGGAGGCCUGCAGCAGGAAUCAGAUCCCCUGGGACUUGAGUUACAGGCUGUUAUUAGCUUCCAUGUAAUUGCUAGGACUUGAACUUGAAUCUCCAGAGUAAACAUCUCUCUAGUCAGUUAUAGUUCCUUUUAAAGCUCAAUACAACAUUAAAUCCUCUAAUUAAUAAACACUUUUGAGCUAGGCAUGGUGGUAAAUGCCUUUAAUCCUUUGGCACUUGGGGGCAGAGACAGGCAGAUCUCAGAAUUACAGGCCAGACAAGUAUACACAGCGAGUUUCAGAACAGCCAGGGCUACACAGAGAUACCCUUGUCUCGAUAAACCAAAAACAAAACAAAACAAAACAAAAAAAACAAAACCUACACAAACCUCUAAUCCCAGCACUCAGCAGGCAGAGGCAAUCAGAUCUCUGAGUCUAGUCUACAUAGUUCCAGGACAUCCAGGGCUGCACAGUGAGACUUUUGUCUGGAAAACAAAGCUCAGAACAAAUCACAUUUCCACCUUGAAGUCUUAAUUUGUUCUCCCCAGAACCAUGGUCUGAGCCUUUUUUGAAGUGUGUUGUUUAACUUUGGUUGUGUUUUGUUUUGGUUGUGAGAUGGGCUCUUGCUAUUUUGUUCAGGUUAGUCUCACAGCAGUCCUGCCUCAGCCUCCCAAGUGCUGGAACUACAGAUGUUUGCCUAGCUUUCACUUAGUAUCUUCAUUAGACACUUCCCCCAAAUUGUACGUGAUCUCUGGUCACAACAUUUAUAUAUAAACUUAGAUCCCUACCUUUGUAACCUAUGUAGAUGUCUGUGGGGUAAUGCAUGUGCAUACAAACACACAUAAACACAUAUCCCAUGGGUCACACUUCAUUGGUGCAGAUACUUAAGUAUUGGAAUUUUUUGUGCCUCUAUGACAGAAUAAAAGAAGGGGUAAAUAAGUAGUCCCCCCACCCCCUCCACCCCCGGUUACAGAGUAUACCUUGUUUUCUUCACAGAGAUUAAAAAAACUGUGCAAAUGGACUUCUAUAUUAAGUAAAACUUUAGAUGCAAGUAUGUCUCAAUUAUUAUGGUGGAGGUGGGAUCAAACCUAUGAACCCUAAGGAUGCACUCCCAGCCCCUGAAAAUUAAAUGUUUAAAGAGGGCAAGCAUGUAAUGUUGCUGAGCAUGAAAAAUGUUCCCAAGUGGGAUAAAGAACAGUUUGAGAAGUUACAGACCAUUUGGAGGGCAGGGAUUAAGCUGAACAAAAUAUACUAAACAAGCAUUUUGAAUCCUUGACUUAUUCUCAGCUAUAAGGUAUUACUUCUGUUUUAUAUAAUGUAUAAACAGGAAUUCUUGAGACCUGUAUAAAAGAAACUUAUUUCUGUCUUAGUGCAUUAAAAGAAAAUGUGUUCAAGACAUUUUGUUUAAUGUGUGAAGACAGUAUGAAGUUCAAUACCUGGUUCUCUAAAGAUCACCUUUUCCUUUAUUCACUGAGAGCCUGCGAGUCCAUGCUCUUAAGUGGAAACUGUCUGCACCCUAAGAAUUAUUUAUUAAAUGUGUUCUACAUACUACUGUCUAGAAUAAAUAUUCAGUGUUUUA